AUGGCAGCUUACCGCGGCUUACUCAUUAUUCUGAGAUUACUCCUCAUCGUCGCAGCAUCGACGAUACCAGGAACAUGGAUAAAUGUCGGUUUGCAACAUUUUCCACAACUGGAAACCGCUCAGAUGAUAGAAACCUACGAUAUAGCUGCGUCCAGCAUUUGUCACGGGCUAAAGGGCCUUUCACAGGGCCAAGGGAAGCUAUGUCAGCUGUCCGUUGAUCAUAUGCCAAGUGUGGCGAAGGGUGCAAAAUUUGGUAUUCUUGAAUGUCAGCACCAAUUCCAUGAUCGAAGAUGGAAUUGCUCCACAGUCUCGGAUGAGUCCGUCUUUGGACCUAUGCUCAGAAUAGCCAGCAGAGAAACUGCGUUCGUUCAUGCAAUCACAGCUGCAGGAGUGGUAUACUCGAUUAGUCGAUCCUGCAGAGAUGGACAAUUAUCCUCGUGUGGAUGUUCUAGAAGCAGUAGACCCAGGGAUUUGAAACGAGAUUGGAUUUGGGGUGGCUGUGGAGAUAAUCUCGAAUACGGUUACAAAUUCACACAAGCAUUCGUCGAUGUGAAGGAACGUGAACGCAGCUUUAAAAGAGGUAGCAGAGAACAAGGAAGAAGCCUGAUGAAUCUUCAUAACAAUGAAGCCGGUCGUAGAGCUGUAAUAAAACGAUCCAAAGUAACGUGCAAGUGCCACGGUGUUUCUGGAAGUUGUAGUUUAAUUACAUGCUGGCAGCAACUUGCUUCCUUUCGAGAAAUUGGUGAUUUUCUAUUAGAUAAAUACGACGGAGCAACAGAGGUCAGAGUGAAUAGACGUGGUCGUCUAUCUAUGCGAGAUCCAAGAUUUUCAUUACCUACAGCCAAUGAUCUAGUUUAUUUAGAUGACUCCCCAAACUAUUGCCUUCCUAAUGAAACACUUGGGUCAUUAGGUACACAUGGAAGAAUUUGCAACAGGACAUCAUCUGGCAUGGAUGGAUGUAAUCUCCUUUGCUGCGGUAGAGGUUACAACACACAAAAAUCAACCGUCAGAGAAAGAUGCGAGUGCAAAUUUCAUUGGUGUUGCUUUGUUGAAUGCAAAACUUGUGUUAAAAGCAUAGAUAUUCAUACGUGCAAAUAA